UAGUGCGUGCAUGCGCGGCUGAGGUCACCGGGUGUUCCACGUUUGCUCUCCACCGUUAUAAACUAUGGUUUUUCUCACGUUGUCAUACUGUGUGAGAAAUCGCGGACCUGACCGAUACUGGAAGGUCCAGGAGCUUCUCAAGCAUGCGCGGCACUUUCGGGGCAGGAAGAACCGCUGCUACACCCUGGCUGUGCGAGCGGUCCGGAGGGCGUUCGUGUACGCCACCAAAGCGAGGAAACUGAAGAAACGCAACAUGAGAACGCUGUGGAUCACACGCAUCGCUGCAGGAGCACGAGAGCAUGGCAUGAAGUACCCCGUCCUCAUGCACAACCUCACAAAGAGCAGCGUUAACCUCAACCGCCGUGUUCUCAGUGAAAUAGCCAUCACAGAGCCCAGAACAUUCGCGGCCCUUACCAAGCUGGCAAAGGCUCGACGGGAGGAAGGUUUCCGUGCAGCACUUGGUGACGGCAAAGAGCCUGCUGGAGUCUUCUCCCGUGUCAUGUGGACCCACUAGUGGACUUGAUUUGGUUUCAGACAAGAUCAUGAGUUAUUACAGUGACUGUACAUUUUUGCUGGGUUCAACAUUAUUCUUCUGCAAGGAAAUGUUCACGGUGUGUGUUACUUUGGUAGAAGAUUCUGGAUGGUCAAUUGUCGAUCACUGCCUGUUGACUCUACCUUCAUUGUGUAUGAGUGAUUAAAAUGAUUUAUAUGGCAAGCGCUAAACUGCAAAGACUUUGGAAAGGUUAUGUUGUUUCUUUGCUGUUACUAAUACAAAUUCCAAUGGUAUUAGUCAAUGUUUUUUUAAUCUCCUUUACAGGUUAUAUUUUGACAAACAGAUACAUCUCACUCAAGCAGAAGUGUAGCUCAUUUCUAAACAUGAUGUCAACUGUGCAUCUGCUCCUGUCUUCUGACCAUCUGAUAAACUGCCAAAUAAUCUCCAACUGCAAUAUUGAAACGUUUUGUCCAGAUGUAAAUAUGUUUUAAACAAUCAUGAUGGUUGUAUUC